UAAGGCUCAAAUCACAUAAUUAAUUUUUAAUUGGUCGUCACGAUUGUCAGUUGGAGGUCCGUUCAUGUCACGUGAUCAGUAAAACAUGGCUGCCCCCAUAGAGUGUGGAGCUAAUACAGAAACUAUAGAGAACAACAUGUCCCUAAAGAAAGCUUUGUCUCCUCUCUCUCUGCGAAUUGUUGCUGAAUGCCCAGUAACUAAAGCGAGAGCCUGUGAUUUAAUACUGCCUCAUAGCACCGUCAGUACCCCGGUUUUCAUGCCCGUCGGGACUCAGGGGACCCUGAAGGGAAUCACUGUGGAUCAGCUGGAAGAUCUGGGAUGUCAGAUUUGCCUUGGAAACACAUACCACCUUGGAAUGAGACCGGGUCCUGAUUUGAUUGAGAAAGCCAAUGGUUUGCAUGGGUUCAUGAACUGGAAGAGAAAUCUUUUAACUGACAGUGGGGGGUUUCAGAUGGUGUCUCUCGUCGAGCUCUCCGAAGUUACGGAGGAAGGAGUCAAGUUCAGGUCCCCCUACGACUGCAAAGAAAUCUUACUAAGUCCUGAGAAGUCUAUCAGCAUACAGAACAGUCUGGGGUCAGACAUCAUGAUGCAGCUGGAUGACGUGGUCAGCAGUACUGUGACAGGACCACGGGUAGAAGAGGCCAUGCAUAGAUCCGUUCGCUGGCUGGACCGCUGCAUAGCAGCCAAUAAAAAUCGAGACAAACAAAACCUCUUUGCCAUCAUUCAGGGAGGAUUGAAUGCAGAGCUGCGCAAGGCCUGUCUAGAUGAAAUGACUAAGCGUGACGUUCCUGGUUUUGCCAUUGGUGGACUGAGUGGAGGAGAAGAGAAGGAUGACUUCUGGCGGAUGGUGACACUAAGCACUGAUCACCUGCCUCGGGAAAAGCCCCGCUAUCUCAUGGGUGUAGGGUAUGCUGUGGAUCUGGUGGUAUGCGUCGCCCUGGGAUGUGAUAUGUUUGACUGCGUUUUCCCAACACGCACUGCGAGGUUUGGCUCAGCCUUGGUGCCCUGGGGAACUCUCCAAGUGAAACAUAAGCAGUAUGCCAAAGACUUCAAGCCCAUAGACCCAGACUGCCAGUGUCCUACCUGCAAGAAGCACAGUCGAGCUUACCUGCAUGCUCUGUUUAAGAGUGACACUGCAGCCAUGCAUCACAUCACUAUCCACAACAUUGCCUACCAGCUCACGCUGAUGCGCUCUGUGAGAGAGAGCAUUGUGGAAGGCCGCUUCCCUCAGUUCAUACGGACGUUCAUGAAGCGACUGUUUCCUUCUGGUGACCAGUACCCCAGCUGGGCUGUGGAUGCUUUAGCUUCUGUUAACGUGACUUUGGACUAGAAGCUGGGAGAUGACUGUUUGCUAUUCAUCUCAACUGACAGAUUUUAUAUUGUUUUAAAUGACUUUUUUUAUGGCUGAUUGUUUUCUACUCUUUGUCUGUAUUUGUAUAUGAAUUGCUUGUUUUGUUGGCGGUGAGGAGAAUGACUUUUGAUCUACAGGAAUAAAGCCCGAUUGUCUCUUGCAACAGGCUGCUUUACGCAGCCUCUGCAGAUUGUCCUCAGAGUACACAUUAUGGUAAUGUUAGACUGAAUGCAGUUUAAAUGAGGUUUGAAACACAUGAACUAUUUCCUCUGAUAUCCGCAGACAGUUUUGUGUUGUUACCAUGGCUACACAGCCAGGCUCACCCACUUGAAAUUAAAUAUUUUGCCUUCCUGUCAA